AUGCCGCGCGGGUCGUGCUGUUCUGCAAGUUCCAACGCGGGCGCGUUUUCACAACGUCGCUCAUCCUUCUCGGGACAGAAUUCCCCCUUUCCACGAGAGGCCCUCGCUGUCAGAGCGCUGCCCCGUGCGGCUCAUCACGCGGCCGUUCGCUGCUCUUCGCCUCAUGACCGUUUGCCAUGGUCUCGCUUUUGUUUCCUCCCUGUUUUUUUUACACAGCUCGACGCUUACGGACCGUGCUUUGGCCGCGCUGCCGUCCCGCCGCAGUACAGCCCCGCUGUGUGCCGGGCGGUGUGCAGAUUGGGCAGGGAGCGGGUGGCUGUUGCAGCCCUGGAGCUGUGCGUUCUGCUGGACCUUGUGCAGUGGGACUGUGAAGGCCGUUCCCCGCUGCGUUAUGACCUGAAAAGCAGCGCCUGGCGUUGGGAUGAGAUGUUUGAUAUGUCAGAUCUAAUAGAAAAUGUAUACGUAGCCCCGCGGAGCAGGAAGGAGUCCAAGUCUCCGAAGGCAAGCGAGCUCCCCGAGCACCGGCCACAGAUGAACAGCAUCACUGUUUCUAAGAAGCGCAACUGGUUGCACCAGAGCAGCCACCGAGCCCCCCGCCUGGAGGGAGAAAGCACGUGUAAGAAGACACCAGGGGCUGUCACCAAGGCCCCACGGUCCCCCAGCCCGCUGCCUGCACCAAGGGUCCGGGGGGCUCCCGCCAGGUCCCCGGGAGGGCCGGAGCGCCCUGUCCUCAGCUGUGGUGCUGCGAGCGCCCUUCCAAAUGCCACAGGCUCUGCUGUGCUGCGACGCUGUGCCUUUGACUUUGGUGAAGACAACGAUGCAGAUGAUGAAGGAGAAAUAUGGUAUAACCCCAUCCCUGAAGAUGAUGAGCCGGACGUCUUGAGAGUCCUCCAUCCUGCUGCCCAUAACCCUGUCACUGCAGACUGCCCUGAAGGCUGCUGCAAAAGCCUGCCUGUCCGGGACCUGGGGCGGGCAUUAGGGCCCCUCGAUGUUCCCCCAUGCUCCUCAGAGAGAGCGGGGGACACUCAGCCUGGCAAGCUGAGUCCUGCCGACACCAUGCAGCCUGAAGAGCACUUGCUGCAGCAGCGGCAGAGGUUUGCCUGCAAGCCCCAGAGCGUGCUGGCAGGAGAGGACAAUCCUGCAUUUAAGUGCCCCUUAGCAGGGCCUGGAGUUGUACUUGCACACAAGAUUGAUAUACCAAUAACAGAAGUUUCUCCUCCAAGUCCUAGUCCCUUGAAAAAAAGUGGAUCAAUCAAUUGGCCUUUCCCCGAUCGAAUUAAAUCUCCCAGAACUGUGAGGAAGCUUUCCAUGAAAAUGAAAAAACUGCCAGAACUCAGCAGGAAGCUGAGUGUCAAGGGAACUUCAAGCCAUAAUAGCUCAGAUAAUCCUUCUUCCCUGCUGAAAGGGAGCUCUCGGGAUACAAGCCAUACAGCGUCUUUGCCAUCUUCUGGAAACUCAACUGCAGCUGCCAGCAGGAAUGUCAUAAGUCGUUACCAUCUCGACAGUAGUGUGUCAUCGCAGCACACCUACAAAAAGAAGAGCUCGAGGAGUUCCAAAUCCUCCAGCAAAGGGGGUUACCUCAGUGACGGUGACUCUCCUGAACUUUUAACCAAAUCAGGCAAACAUGGACAUGAAACCAAGUGUGGGAAAGGAAAAGAGAGCUUUCCAAGUAACAGUGGUAAAACGGAGAUAGAUAUCGAUGCUUUCAGGCACUACAACUUUUCUGAUCAACCUAAGUGUUCCCAGUACAUCUCUGGACUUAUGAGCAUUCACUUUUAUGGUGCUGAGGACUUGAAACCACCAAAAAUAGACUCAAAAGAUGUCUUUUGUGCAAUACAGGUUGACUCAGUAAACAAAGCAAGAACAGCCCUGCUUACAUGUAGGACAACAUUUCUAGAUAUGGACCACACAUUCAACAUAGAAAUUGAAAAUGCUCAGCACUUAAAGCUGGUGGUGUUCAGCUGGGAGCCUACCCCACGGAAAAACCGUGUUUGUUGUCAUGGCACCGUGGCUCUUCCUACUCUCUUUCGAGUGACAAAAACACACCAGCUGGCUGUCAGACUGGAACCAAGGGGGCUUAUUUAUGUCAAACUGUCACUUAUGGAACAAUGGGAGAACUCUCUCGACGGUUUGGAUGCAGAUCGGGAACCAGUGAUGUUUGGUGUAGAUGCUCGAAAAGUGGUAGAGAAGGAAAAUACAGGCCUGAUGGUGCCGCUUUUAAUUCAGAAAUGCGUAAUGGAAAUUGAAAAAAGGGGCUGCCAGGUUGUAGGCCUGUAUCGGCUGUGUGGCUCUGCAGCAGUUAAGAAGGAGCUUCGAGAGGCGUUUGAGAGGGACAGCAAGGCGGUGACUCUCUCUGAAAGCCGGUACCCAGAUAUUAAUGUGAUAACAGGUGUCCUAAAGGAUUACCUGCGAGAGCUGCCCUCUCCACUGAUAACCAAACAGCUCUAUGAAGCAGUGGUGGAUGCCAUGGUGAAAAAUCCCUUGAAGAUGGCAGCUGCUGGUUGUGAAAAUGACCCGAGUGACUCUGAGCACACAGCAGCCCUUCUGGAUUGCCUCCCAGAUGUUGAGAAGGCUACCCUGAAGAUGCUGUUGGAUCACCUGAAACUGGUGGCUUCUUACCACGAAGUAAAUAAGAUGACAUGCCAGAACUUAGCUGUGUGCUUUGGGCCUGUGUUACUGAGCCAGAGGCAGGAGACCACCAACCACAACAACAGAGUCUUCACAGACUCAGAGGAGCUCGCUAGUGCCUUGGACUUCAAAAAACACAUAGAAGUUCUUCACUAUUUACUGCAGCUGUGGCCAGUGCACCACUCACCUGCCCAGGAACCUGCACAUCCCAGCACGGCUCCCGAGCACUUGUUGUCCCUGCGUUACCUGAGGCCACGGCGGCAGAGACCGCAGAUGCUGAACCUGAGCAGCGCUGACGCAUGCGGGAUGCUGCGGCCAAGGCCGGCCGGCCUGGACAGCCCUUCCAGCAACCGCUACGCGGGUGAUUGGAGCGGCUGUGGGGAAGGCUACUUCUGCAGCCCCAGGGACUGCCUGGGCCAGGCAGACUAUGACGAUGUCCCUUCAGAGGAUUCGGAGAGUGGGGACGACAGCAGCAGAGUCGAUGAUGCCGAUGGCCUGAUGAAGCACCCACAGCCCCUCCCCGGGGAACAUGCAUUCCAGAGCUAUCUGACAAUGCAGGCGAUAGACUCAGCGGGGAGCCACAGGGCAAACCUCAAGGACCUACAGGAAAGUAUCGAUACUCUGAUAGGAAACCUGGAAAGGGAACUCAAUAAAAACAAGCUGAACAUGAGCUGCUGAGCCCAGUCCUGCGCGGUGCCUCCUGCUGCGUGCUGCAGCAAGGCUGUGGCCUGCAGUGUGAACCCACUUAACGGCAUUCCCUCAUGUUUGUGCAUUCCUUGUGGAAGAGCAUGUUAACCUGAUUCUGGUGUUUAAGGCAGAAGCUGAGAGAUCACAAAGUGACUCCACGUAGUGACAUUUCUCCCUAAAAACGCUGUGCCCUUUGGUGGGUGGCAUCUGACAGCAGGGUAGACACCAAACGCUGUUUGUAACAGCACGGCUCUUCCUCCUGAAACUCAGCUCUGGUACAGAAGUUCCUCUCAGAAGGGGGCUGACGCUGCUUGGCCUGAGCUUUGCAGCAUCAACUGCAGACAAACUCAUUUUGCUAUAUAUGCAAUGGCUGCUAUGAAAAGUGCUUUAUACAUAUAUAUAUAUAUAAUAAUAUAAAUAUUUAUAUAUAAAGUUUUAAUUGUACAAAUAUUAAUGUAUUCAUGUAUUAACACUUUUCAAUAAUUAUUUAAGCAAGCAAAAAUUAAAUAUUUUUCUAACCUUGUUGUAUAUAUCUAUGUACAAACAUGCAUGUCUCUGUCCAUCUUGAGAGGUCCCGGAGUUCUGAAACAUCCCGUUUGAAGAGGGUGAUGUCAAGACGAAGCUGCUUUGUGUGUAGCACAGCGCUGGAUUUGUGCAGAGAAACACAUCCAGCAAGAAGGCAGCGUGGAUGGUUAACUUAACAGCCUUUGUGUUGCCAGACACUGGUUCACAUGUGUUCCCUUCAAGUCUCCCCCAACCUCUCACAGUAGUUGUGAGGACUUUCCAGGAUCUCUAGCAGUGAACUGUGCUGCUGCCCUUCAGGGUGAUCAGUGUGUGCAGGAAGGAGAUGAAGACUCUGUUCUGUAGUUUUAUUCUUCAGAUUUUUCUGUUUUUUCAUGUAAAGGAGGGUCCUGAGGUGCUCACUUCAUAUUUUCACACAAUCACAGAAUCCUUAGAGUUGGAAGGGGCCUUUACAGGUUAUCUAGUCCAGCUCCCCUGCAAUGAACAGGGACAUCCACGGCUGUUUUGAAGACUUCUGGUUUGUCCUGGUAAGCUUGGACUUGGUCCUGGCUGUUUUGAUGCUUCUUUUUGCUGCAGAGCUCCAUUUGCAUUAGUUGAGCUGCAUGUUCUGGCUGCCACUAGGAGUGCCUGAACCCCUCUGGCUCUGGAGAUGUAAUCUCAAGUUCUGCACAAAGGCAGUCAGGUUUUUGACUCUUUCGGGUAAAGUGAUCUCCUCCAGUGGGGCCGGUGGGUGGGGUGUUAUGGGGAGCAGGGUGGGAUUGUGGUUCAGCUCUGAGACACCCAGCACCGGGGCUGUGUCAGCCGAAAGGACAGAGCUUAACUCUCCUUGUUCAUCUGGACGGUACUGGCACCCUGCCAUGGCCCUGGGUACUGUGGGUAAGUGCUUUGCUCUAACCGCUGCUUCCUUGUACUGCUUAUGAAGUUAUUUAUUUACAGGAGCAAGGAAUUAAAUACUAGGACAAACUUCAUCCCUCUUUUUUUAAGAACUAUUUUAGCAUGGUCUCAAAUGGUUUGAUCAUUCCCGUUAAUUUAUUUUUUCUAAGUGUUAAAGGAUUCAUAACAGUUAUUGCAAUAUAACGAUAAUGUAUGAAAAUGUAAAUUUAACCGGAAACACUUAUCAAUAAAUCAAUGUAUUUUUUUUAAACUUUUAUACGUACAGAAUGGGCAUACAUUUUGAACAAUAAAUUUUAAUUCUAAAUAAAAUUUGAUGAAGAACAGAAUUUGACUGAGCCCAGUUAGUGUUCUUUAAAGCCGUGCAAGGUUGUGCCAUUUGUCUGCACUGGCUGCACGCAUGAGUUCCUUCCAUAUAGGCACUUAACUUCUGGGAAGAUGUGUUGAACACUGGGUGUGAAAAUUUGCUAGCAUUAUUAAUAGGUGGGGGUGUUAAAGUUGCUCGGUAAGCAUUACCUUAAGCUUUCAUCUUUUAUAGUAAUCUUGGCAAUGACAAUGAGCACAGUUGAAUAAGCGGAUGCUUUUUCUACAGAAAGCUAGCCAUGUGCUUUGCCACAACAUCGGCCAGGUCAGAUCAGCCUUGGAGCAGCCUGCUGUAAGGUGGUGCAAAGCAGUCCCUCUGGGUAUUGGAACGUCUGGGGUUACCCUGGAGAGGAUAGAAAAUCACAACAAAAUGUGUAAAUUCACAUAUCUGGCGCUGGAGAUUAGGAGGGAAGUGCCUCUGCUCUGUUUUCUUCGUGGCAUUGAUCUGCUGCCUCCUUCUUUGCUGCCUCCUUUCUCUUACCAUCAGGAAAACCCAGCUGAAAUCCCACUGUCUUCCAACUUGCAAACCAGGGUGCUACUCUGUAGCAUGCACUGAACUUGUCUGAGUUUUGCAUUGAAAUCCAGCUCCCUGAGGCAGUGCAUGGGGUUGUCCAUGUGGUUCGUGCUGUGGUUGAGGGGGCAGCCUGGCUACAGCCCAGUGCCUGGACAUCAUUACGGUGGCAAUAAGGCUGAGCGUGUGCUGAUAAUGGGCUGAUGGGGCGGGACAGCCAAGGUGCAGGGAAGGCAAUGCCGACUGUCCUUGCCUGGGUCAGUGGGGACAUGCUGAGACCUCCACUCCUCUACAUGGUAGGGAGGGGAGGCGGCGGGGGCAUUCCAGGUAAGCCGUGGCCAUACUGUUGGCUUGUGAUGUAGCUGGCAGUUAAUAAAAAAUCCGCUAACAAUAAUCUGCAGCAGUGUUUGGUGCAAUCCCAGCCUGAUAACCGAGAGCGGAGCUCUGUAGUGAGUCAGUGGUGGGAUGUUUGCAUGUCCCUGGGAGUCAGAUUGUUAGUUAAAUAUUGGUUUAGCGGGGGAACUGUUUUCCCUUCCUGUUGGAGCUCUGACUGCAAACAGUGGUGCAGGUGGUAGGGAUGGGCUUACUGAGUUUCCUUUGGUUUUAAUUUACAGGUAGUUUCAUAUGAGGGGCAUGAUAUAUUUUUAUAACUUUUAGACUAGAAACUAACAAACAAAAGGCCAUUUUUCAAACCAAGUCCAAUGCAGUGGCACCAAACCUGUCUUAAAUCCGACUGAACUUGAAAGUGGUAAAACUACAUGGCAAGGAGAUCUUGGCAGCUGCAGUGGUGUUUUAAGACACCUCAAACCAAUGUGAAGUGCCUGUUAUGGGAUGCAGGAAGCUCACUCCUCUCCUGUUCAGUAGCCAUGAGGCCACGGUUUGCUCCAAUGAAGCAGAGCACCAGAGCUGGCCAUCGCCUGUCAGCUGGAGUUCCUCUGCACAUCCUGUGUGUGUCAGUUUUCUGCUUUGGUUCCUGCUGUGGGUGUCUGUUUGACAGGAGCCAGUGACUGUCAAACAGUUUGGUGAGCCAUGGAAAUUGUGAAUUUGCCCAUACAGAGUUUAACCUGUCCUCCACUGAGACAUUUAAUUUCCCCUUGCCAAUCCACGCUCAGUUAUGUGUGCUGGCCUGGCCAUUGGAACCAAGCAGCAAGCAGAACACUGCAUACAGAGAGUUAUCCUAGGGAUGGAGGGUGAACAUUAAUAUUAAUGAGCUGUUACUCAUUUACACCAUAAAUAUUGAAACUUCUCUGUAACACAGUUCAAUCUCACUCAAGAAUAAUUAUCUUUUGACGGAAUUACAAGCCCUCAGCAGCUGCAGUGUGCUUAGUAGAGGCUGUUCGUUCCAAGCGGCACUGACUUAUGUGAUGGAACAAUCUAUUUUAUGGCUUCGGUUUUCAGCUUGUGAAGCAUUUGCUGGGCUUAAAUAUAAUUAUUUUCUAAUCUGAUGCUGACAAGUAGAUGAGGUUCAGCUUGAAAAAUUUGGAGAACAGAUCUGUGCUUUAGGUUCAGCAGCCGCUGGAAUUUUUUCUUAGUAAUUAACACGGUCCUUUCUGAAGCAUCAGCGCAUGGCUUUGGCAGCAGCACAAGGGACUCAGCCUGGUGGCUGCUCUGUUCUUGUCUUAGAGAUUUGGUUAUCUUUCUAAGAACUCAUAGCUUUCUAAAUGUGUCUAGACUUCAAUAAAUAAAACCACAGAGCCUUUUUGUUGCGAUAAUCUUCACAAAUGUUUCAUGAUCUCUUAUGAUCCAUAAGCUUGCAUACUGUAAAAUAAUGCUUUCCUAUGAACGAUCUCAGUGCAGGUUUCCCAUUAUUACACUUUGAAAGUGAGUUUUCAUUUCACAUGCAUGUGAGUAUCUACCUGCACAGAUGGGCGUGUGAAUAGCAAAGCCAUAGAAAGAAUUAAAGAGCAUUUAUCAUGUGCUCUCAAUUGAUUUCCUUCGAACUGCCAUAAGUCUGUUUCAAGCAAUACCUCUGAGACUUUUAAAACUACAUACUAAUGUAAAGGUUUCUUAGGGAUGUGAGGCACAGUGUAACAUUUACAUUCAAAUGGAUGGCUGAGGAUCAGAGAAAAAAUAUGGUGUCAAGGAGGGUUGUAUCUUGAUUUUCCACAGAGAUAUUUUCAGGCAUUGAGAACGUGCCCGUGUGUUUGUGGGAUAAGAAAAGAAAUAAGCAGUAUGAGCUUUUUGGGGAUCAAAACAAGAUUUAAUUCGAAACAUUUGGCGUUAGAACACAAACCCGGAGCAACAACAAAACCUGAGGAGCUCUGUAGAAGCCGGCUGCGGCAAUUGCCUUGGAGAACCUUUCAGAAAUGGCUUAAUCGUAUCGCCCUCUGCCGGAACGACGGGAGGUUGCAGACUGAUGCUAAACGUGCGGUAAAAAAGCUCUGCCGGGAGAACCGUGAGAUGGAGACAAAUAAGUUGUUUCGCGCUGAUCAGCAGAAUCCCGGCAUCUAAUGCUUCUGGAUUUGGACUCCAAAGAGGGACUUGGGUUUUCUUCUGACUCGCUGUAGGGGUAUUCAUUUCCUCGGAGAAAAAUCUGUGCACGCAGAUCCAAAGCUAAAGUUGCCAAGAAAAGGGAUAUUGUAUCCUUGAACUUACAGGAAAAGAAAAAAAAGAGAAUGGUUUCUGAGUUACACAGGCAGAUAUGUCCAGAGCUGAAGAGAGAGCUGCUGUGUGAAGCUGUGAGGAAAAGGUCUCUUUGGGUCCUGUGCCGCAGAGUAUUAUUUUUUAUUAUUAUUAUGUUUGCAUUCAAAAAGAAUACAUAGUUUUUCCUCACCGAAACGUUUUUCUUCUUCUUGUUAUUAUUUGUUAUUAUCCAGCAUUUGACUUAGACCUGUCUUUGACUUAGGCUGUCCCCAUUAAAGCUUGAAGUCAUUCAGUGUUACUGAGGUCAGUGGAAGAAAUAAAUCCCCUGUAUAUGUAUUCCAUUACCCUCAGGCUGGUUAUUCCUGUUGUCACAGCUUUGGUUGAAUGGCUUGAACUUUUAAACUGAACUAUAAAAAUAAGUCAGGAAUGUACCAAGAUGAGAACUUUAUUGGUGUAGUUCUAACGUGGAAAGGUUGACCCAAUGCACUGGUUAAAGAAAGUUUCGCAUAAAGCUUUGAUUUAAUUGCUGUGUAGUUGAAUUCACCAGGUUUACACACUGGAAUAAUCCCUGAAAAGAAAUCCAUCUUCCCAUAUAAAGAAUUGGAGGAUGUGUGCAUUACUCAUGGCAGCAAGCUGAAGAUCUGACUUGUUCUGUGUAAAAGAUUAAAUAUAGGUCAGGACUCUUGGCUCUUUAAGGUGGACUGGCUGUAGUUUUUGUCCACCCACUUAAUUCACAGUUUUUAUAUUCUUGUUUAGCUUUAGCAAGUUCAUCGCUGCUUUUAAAAGUAUAAGGAAAAAAAAUAAUUAAAAGGCGAUUUUUAAGAACCAAGCUGAUAAAGUUUUUUUUUUUAUUUGUUGGAUUUCUUACAAAUAAACCACCAGAACAUCUCUAAGCAAGGUACUUUUUCUUCCAAAGACUACUUAGCAGUCCUAUACUACUGCCCAUGGUUAGUUAUUACGUCCUUGCUGGAACCAAGAAUUUUGGUGACUUUAAACGGAUGAGGUAAAACUUCCAGAUGAGGAACCUAAGCAGUAGGUACAUGGCUGACCUAAAGUAACACACUAGGGACGUUUUGGAGGGAUUGUGAGUUUUCCAUGGAUGGAAAUGCUUGCUUCAUCUCAGCAUUUUCCCAAGCGGUGAUGAAACCAUUUACUUCUUUUCUAAAGAGAUUCUGAAAACAAGAGGGUAGAAUACAAGAAAGCUUAAAGCAGUAGUAGAACUGCUUCCCCUAAUUCACUUCUAAAUUGUUUUUGGCUAUAAAAUGAUCUUUCAUUGAAAAGAAAAACUGGUUAGAGCCUUUUCAUCCACUCCACCCCAACAGGAGAACUUUUCCUGAAGGCCGCAGAAGAAACGGCACCCAGUACCUUUUUUUAAAAUGCUUAUGGACAGAAAUGAGGAUGCCAGCGACUUUUUCUUUGAAAAGGAGCCCAUUGCUGCUCAUUUCCCUCUGUUUUAAUCUCUUCAAGUUUGUUUCUUCUUUAGAAAUUUCAGAAGGCGUUUCAGGACUGGAACAAAAACAAAGUUAAAAUAGACUCCUCCUAAUGAGAAACACAGUCCUGCUUCACUCGUGAAGGUAGGGAUUAAACUAUUGAAGGGAGGAAAAGAUGGAUGGGACACAGAAAAGUGAAUGGAGGGAGAAAUAUUUCAUAAAGGCAGAAAAAGAAACAGCUGGGAAGCCCUGUGCUGAUAGUAAAUUUGCCAAAUGAAGUGCACAACAGAGUACAGUAUAGUAUCAAUUACAAAUAUGUAUAAUAUCAUGUGUUCUGUAUCAUGUUGGGCUUUAAUUAUUUUUAAUAUUGUAAUUUAUGGGUAAAUAAUUCAAUUUGUACAGUGAUAAACUGAAAGAUAAUUUCUGAAUAGAACUGAAUUUUAACUAUUUCAGAUUUUCCCGGUCUGAGCGCAUCUCUGCUGGGCACCACGUUGUCUGUAAAAGAGAAUCGUUUGCUUUAGAGUGCUGAUGCAUGGGUUUAAGUCUGUUGCUUGUGUUCACUUAUGGGAUUUGACUGAAUAACCUGAACCCAAAAGCAGAUAAAGCUGCUUAUCAGAUAACGUCAGAGAUUCUUUGCAAAAUCACACCGAAUUUUCUCCAUCGAGUGAUAAAUACUAAACUGCUUGAAGAUGUUGUUACUGAACUUUCUGUUUUCAUACAUGAAUUACAAUUUUAUUUUGUCAAGCAGUGCAAGAAUUCAGAAAUAAA